AUGCUGGUUAUUCAACCCUCGGGGUUGACAUUGAUAAGAAUUCUACGGCUAGUUAUAAAGGAGUUGAUUUUUUAAAGGACGAGCUGUUCCAUCCUCCUACGUAUAAGCAAAAGAAAAGAGUUGAAGACAGCAAACGCUUAUUUAUCUGCAAUCCCCCCUUUAAUAGGGCCAAACCUAAAUUAGCCCCAGAAGAAAUGCCUAUCGUCUUAUUUGUCCCCAUGGGCUUUCGCUUGAAUCCUAAAAAGAACGGGAAGCGAUGGGGCAAAUUCAUUAAGGAUGCUUACCCUCCUAUUAGUAGCAUUAUCAGUUUACCUCGUGAUAUUUUCCCGAAU